AUGCUAUCUUUCGCGAGCUUGGUCUGCUUUUCCGUCGUCGCCAGUGUCGUUGUGGCACAGUCGCCCGUCAUAGGGCCAGUCGCCAACUUGCAUAUCGCCAACCAAGUCAUCGCCCCCGAUGGCUUCAAUCGAUCUGCUGUGUUAGCUGGCGCCAAUGACACUUCCCUCGCGUUUCCUGGACCACUUAUCCUCGCGAGGAAGGGUGACUCCUUCCAGCUCAACGUGAUCGAUGCUUUGACAGACACCACCAUGUUACGGAGCACCUCAAUUCAUUGGCAUGGGUUCUUCCAACGUGGUACCAGCUGGGCCGACGGUCCAGUUGGGGUCACACAGUGCCCGAUCUCACCUGGGAAUUCGUUCUUGUAUGAAUUCUCUGUCCCAGAUCAGGCGGGCACCUUCUGGUACCACUCCCAUGAUUCCACUCAAUACUGCGAUGGCCUUAGAGGCGCUAUGGUCGUUUAUGAUCCUGACGAUCCUCACAGGAGCCUCUACGAAUUCGAUGACGCAACGACGGUUAUUACGCUCGGGGAUUGGUACCACGUCCCCGCGCCGUCUGCUGGUCUUGUGCCAACUCCAGACGCAACUCUCAUUAACGGCGUGGGCCGUUACGCUGGCGGCCCGACUAUCCCUCUCGCAGUCAUCACGGUGUUGCCCGAGAGGAGGUACCGGUUCCGCUUGGUGUCCAUCUCUUGCGAUCCCAACUACACCUUCUCCAUUGAUGGACAUACAAUGACCAUCAUCGAAGUCGAUACCGUGAACACAGUCCCCCUCGAAGUCGAUUCCAUCCAGAUCUUCGCGGGACAACGCUACUCCUUCGUCCUGAACACCAAUCAGCCCAUUUCGAACUACUGGAUCCGCUCGGAGCCAAACGUCGGUACUCAAGGCUUUGAUGGCGGAAUCAAUUCCGCCAUUUUGAGAUAUUGGGGCGCAGACGCGAUCGAUCCAAAUACGACCUCGACGCUUAGUAAUCCUAUGCUGGAGACCAAUCUGGUUCCGCUCUCAGGGGCUGCUGCACCUGGGGUUCCGGAGGUCGGUGCUGCAGACGUGAACAUCAAUCUCGACAUUGCGUUCGGCUUUGAUGACCUCAGGUUCCGCGUCAAUGGUGCUACUUUCGCCCCGCCCACUCUUCCCGUCUUACUGCAAAUCAUGAGUGGCGCAUUGACUGCAGCUGAUUUGCUCCCCUCCGGCUCUGUGUACGCUCUCCCCCCGAACCAAGUUGUCGAGCUUUCUCUUCCUGGUGGAUCUGUUGGCAGUCCGCAUCCAAUUCAUCUUCACGGGCACACCUUCGACGUCGUUCGCAGCGCCGGAAGCUCCGUAUACAACUACGCGAAUCCGAUCAAACGCGACGUUGUGAGCAUCGGUACAACUGGAGAUAACGUCACCAUCCGGUUUACGACGGACAACCCCGGCCCAUGGAUCAUGCAUUGCCACAUUGACUGGCACUUGGAGAUCGGUCUCUCAGUUGUAUUUGCUGAAGACACCGGAACCGUCAACGCGGCCGACCCUCCUGUUGCUUGGGACGACCUUUGCCCCAUCUACAACCAGACCUUCCCUCCUGCUGCCUGA